AUGGAGUAUGGUCAUUCCCUAACACGCAAUAUUUCUGUGUCUUCGAAAGACUGGCCACAAUUACAACUGGUGAACGGGUCCAGCCGAUGCUCCGGGCGUGUGGAAGUUUUCUAUCACGGCCAGUGGGGCAGGGUUUGUGACGACCAUUGGGACCUGAAUGAAGCUGAUGUGGUAUGUAGGCAGUUGGGCUGUGGGCCUGCCCUCGAAGCCCCUAUUGAAGCCCAGUUCGGUGAAGGCUCAGGCAAGUUUCUGCUGGAUGAUGUGGAUUGCACCGGAAUUCUGCCCGUGGCUGACUCAAGACCUGCCAGCCGCAGAGCCAAUGUGCCAGCGCUUAGCCCACCAGGUGCUGAUGACUCACCAGGCCCUACUCCAACCACAGAGCCAGAAGUCUUCACCCCAUCGUAUAAGCCAUCAGGAAGCUGGGCACCCAUACGGCUGAUGGGAGGCCAAAAUAGAUGUGCUGGCCGUGUGGAGCUGUUCCACCAGGGAGUCUGGGGCACCGUGUGUGAUGACUUGUGGGAUCUGAAGGAAGCCAACACUGUCUGCAGGCAGCUGGACUGUGGUUGGGCCAUCUCAGCCCCGGGCGAGGCCCACUUCGGGGAAGGUUCUGGGAAAAUCCUCCUCGACAAUGUGCACUGUAGGGGAGACGAGCAGUACCUGGAAGAAUGCUCCCAUGUUGGCUGGUUUUCCCACAACUGUGGUCACAGUGAAGAUGCCAGUGUGAUCUGCUCAGGUGCUGGAUACUCAACCAUCACACCACCAGGUCCCACACCGGCUGACCUGGCAGGGAAAACGCCUGCAGGCGCCUGGCCACAGCUGCGUCUGGUGGGUGGCUCAGGUCGAUGCUCCGGCCGUGUGGAGGUCUUCCACCAGGGAACCUGGGGCACUGUGUGUGAUGACCUGUGGGACCUCAAUGAAGCGGAGGUCGUGUGCCGUCAGCUGGAAUGUGGCCGGGCCAUGUCUGCCCUUGGGAAGGCCCACUUUGGUCCAGGCUCUGGGGACAUCCUCCUAGACAACCUUCAGUGUGCAGGUGUGGAACGGUUCCUGGGCCAGUGCGCUCACUCGGGCUGGUCAGAGCACAACUGUGGUCACCACGAGGAUGCCAGUGUCAUCUGCUCAGGGGACUGGCCCAAGCUGCGGCUGGUGGGAGGCUCAGGUCGGUGCUCGGGUCGUGUGGAGGUCCUCCACCAAGGGACCUGGGGCACUGUGUGUGAUGACCUGUGGGACAAUCGUGAAGCUGAGGUCGUGUGCCGCCAGCUUGGGUGUGGGCAAGCCAUCUCUGCACUUGGUGAGGCCCACUUCGGCCCAGGCUCUGGAGACAUCUUCCUGGACAACAUCCAGUGCUCAGGGGUGGAGCGUUUCCUGGGCCAGUGUGCUCACUCAGGUUGGGCAGAGCACAACUGUGGUCACCACGAGGACGCCAGUGUCAUCUGCUCAGAUGCUGAAGACCUACCUCUUUCCACACCUUCAGGUCUUUCGACAGCACCUCAGGAUGACAUUACAGGAGGAAGUAACUAUUGUGGCGGGGUCAUUUCCAGUCUCUCGGGCUCAUUUUCUAGUCCGAAUUAUCCAGAAAGCUACCCAACAGACAUCCAGUGUGUUUGGGAGAUCCACGUGGAUCAAAACUUUCGGAUAGAACUCAUGAUUCCAAGUUUGAAACUGGAAGAUGUCCUGGGAUGUCCCUAUGAUUCGGUGGAAAUCUUCGAUGGCCCCAGGAUCGCCUCGCUCUCCAUGGGGAAGUUCUGUGCCCCUGUCACUGUGAUCUUUUUCUCCUCCUCAGACAUCAUGACUGUGGUGUUCCGGAGCGACGCCAUGAUAACCAACAUCGGCUUUUAUGCUCUGUUCAACGCCAUUCCACAGACUGAAGGGGGGUCAGGUGAUGAACCAGUGCUGAGGCUAGUAGGCGGCUCGGGUCGGUGCUCGGGCCGUGUGGAGGUUCUCCACCAGGGAGCCUGGGGCACCGUGUGUGAUGAUCUGUGGGACCUGAGCGAAGCUGAGGUCGUGUGCCGACAGCUCAAGUGUGGACAGGCCGUUGCCGCCCCUGGAAAAGCCCGCUUUGGCCCAGGCUCUGGAAACAUCCUCCUGGACAACAUUCAGUGUUCAGGAAAUGAGAAUCACCUUGGCCAGUGCUCCAGCUCUGGCUGGUCAGACCACAAUUGUGGCCACCACGAGGAUGCCAGUGUCGUCUGCUCAGUUAACGCUGAGCAAAUGCCCACACCUCCCUCUAACACCCUGGUGACAGGCACCGGCCCAGAGCAGGGACCUGUGUCUUCACCCCCAGAUGUGGCCCUCCGGCUGAGCAACGGCAGCCACCGGUGUGAGGGCAGGGUGGAGCUGCUCUACAAUGGCACGUGGGGGACCGUGUGUGAUGACAGCUGGGACCUUCGCGAUGCCCAGGUGGUGUGUCGGCAGCUGGGCUGCGGCGGGGCGGUGUCGGCCUUCGGGUGGGCGCACUUCGACCGCGGCCGGGGCCCCAUUGCCUUGGACGACGUGGAAUGUGUGGGGAAUGAGGUCCGGCUGUGGCAGUGUCUGCACAGCGGCUGGCUCGCCCACAACUGCGGCCACCAUGAAGACGCCAGCGUCAUCUGCUCAGGUGGGCCCAGAAGCAGGGCAUCCGCGACUGUUGGAAGUUACCCAACUUCAGGGGCUUCUCUGGAAUGUCCACCAGGUCUGAGCCUGCGGCUGGUGAAUGGGUCCAGCAGGUGUGACGGCCGUGUGGAGGUCUACCAUGCUGAUACCUGGGGCACCGUGUGUGAUGACAGCUGGUCCAUCGAGGAUGCCCAUGUGGUCUGCAGGCAGCUGGGUUGUGGCCUUGCUGUGUCCGCCCUCCCAGGGUCCAGCUUCAGCCCCGGGGUAGGGAGCAUUCUCCUUGACGAUGUCAAGUGCACAGGAAAGGAGUCCACCCUGGAGCAGUGUCCACAUGGCGGCUGGUUCACCCACAACUGUGGGCACCAAGAAGACGCUGGGGUCAUCUGCUCAGGUUAG